AUGGAUGAAAUAGUACCUUCGCCCUUUUCCUCUUCUUCAUCAUCUUCUUCAACCCCAAGAACAAUAAUGAAACAUGAUGUUUUCUUGAGUUUCAGAGGCAAAGACACGCGUAACAACUUCACCGGCCAUCUUUAUUAUGCUUUGCGCCAUCAAGGAAUUAGAGCUUUCAUCGACAUCCAACUCGAAAAAGGAGAAGCAAUCUCACCCUCACUCUCUUCAGGAAUCCAACAGUCUCUAAUUUCCAUCGUUGUAUUCUCCGAGAACUACGCAUCCUCCACGUGGUGUUUGGAUGAACUUGUCAAGAUCAUGGAGUGUCGGGAAUCGUUCAGACAAUUGGUGUGGCCAAUCUUUUUCAAUGUAGAGCCGUCCCAUGUAAGAAAUCUGACGGGCAGUUUUGGACAAGCAUUAGCCAUGUUUGAAGCUGAUUCAACUGGAAAGUACAAGGAAAAACUGCCCAAAUGGAAGACUGUUUUGAACAAAGCUGGCAAUCUAUCCGGAUGGCAUAUAGCCAGCUGCGACGGGGAUGAAUCUCAUCGUGUAAUCCAAAAAGUUGUUGAAGCAUCAGUAUGCGAAUUGAAGCCUGCUGUACCUCUUCUGAUGGACCUGUACCCUGUUGGAAUUAGAGACUGUCUACAGGUUGUUGAUUUGGGGUCGAUAAAUAAUGCUGGAAACUAUGAUUUAGAAAUGUUGGAAAUUUAUGGAAUUGUUGUUAUUGGCAAAAGUAGCAGUGCUAAAGCUGUUUCGAAUAAAUUUGCGAAUGAGUUCCAAAGCUCCAACUUCCUUGCAAAUGAUGGGGAAACAUCAAAGCAAUACUGUGGUGGCCUGCAGGUUCAUAAACCCAAAAGUGGUGCUAAUCAGGUGCUUCAUGGUUUGAACCAGUACUCACGGAUCAUUAAAGUUUCUCGAGCCAGCAGUGGAAAGGAUAGGCACAGCAAAGUCUUGACCGGAAAAGGGUUAAGGGACAGAAGAGUUAGGUUAUCAGUCGCCACAGCUAUUCAGUUCUAUGACAUUCUAGUUAGGUUGGGUUUGAUCAACCUAGCAAAGCUGUGGAAUGGCUGAUUAGAGUGGCUUCAGAUGCCAUUUAUGAGCUUCCUUCUCACCCCACUUGUUCAUUUCCUAAUGCAACGGAGCAGCUGA